AUGUCAGGUGGCUCAAGUUCUCACAGCUCCUAUGCCGGAACAUCGAUCUACUCGAGCAGUAAUGGAACCGGUCUUCAAGUUUCCUCUACAGCCUCAGGGACAGAUAGCACAGCCAUUCUGAAUGACUUUCCCCUUAACGGAGCCCAAAUUGAUGGCUUCGGACACGACAACAUGAUGAUGAACCAUAUAAUAGCCGAAUUGACCCAUCUAACACGCGAAGACCCCGACGAGGAAGACUCCACUAGCACUGGCGAGAAUGCCACUCCUCAGAUCACUGUCGUUCGACCGGCAUCGCACUCCAAGUCUGUCGAGGGUCAAGACAGAAACGCCAUUAUUGGGUUGUGGAAAGGAAGCCCCAUCCACUUACUGAACUCAAGUGUCGCUUCGCAACUGCUCAACUUGAGCCUUGGAGAAGUAUAUAAUUCGAUGAUGUUGGGCAUCACAACAAGAUAUCUAGACUAUAACUGUAACCUAUUUGCUUGCAGUUCUUACAAAUACGUAUUUGAGUCAGAGGACCUCGGCCAACCUUCAGCACUCUCAAGCGAGCAUGUCUCAAUGUCAUCUGACCCAGCAGCUAAAAGUACAGCUAAUACGAGACGGAGUUCAACCUUCCUUCCACUAUGGAGGAAAUCAAAUCACAAUUUUCGACCUGAUACUCUCUACAAUCAUACUCUCUCGACCAAGCAGGUCGCCACUCAAACGAGCCGGGUGACCAUGAUUGGUGUUGCUAGAUUCUUGGACAACUUUGGGCCAUUAUAUGGAAACUCUGUCGAGCAGGAAAUACGGAAGCAGGAUGAGCUCGCUUUGACAGCAGUUCUCCAGGCAUUUGCACUACAGUUUGCCCCCUCCGACCCUCGCAGUUGCCCACUCGAAUCAAAGGUAGCUAGGCCACAGAAUGCAGUGUUCGGCUCGAGAGUCAAGGAACAAACGACAAACAGUACACAGGUUUUUACAGCAGCCUGGCACCAUGCCUACCUGAAUCUUCUGAGCACCAAAGACAACCGGUCUUUUGUUCACAUAUACGCAGUAUUCCUGUUUCAGAUGACCGUGGUUCCGUCGGAAAGCCUCGUGUCGAAGGACGUAAAGAGAAGUCCUCUUGAUCUUUUGGAUGUUGCAUUAUCUCAGAUGGAAGAGCUGCGACAGUUAGUUCAGGCUUACUACAGCGACCUUGGGGCUGGAUCACUCUAUCGAUUUUUGCUUGAUUCUUCACUGACCAUUUUUCGAUGGUACAGUCUCGUACGGGACAGCAUAGCUUCAAUCCUCCACGAGAGACCUUGCUACAUGGAAGAUCCUCCUUUCAUUGUGAGAGAUUCUACUCAACGACUCGCCCAGAACAUAACAGAACAGUGGCAGCAGCCAUCCACUUUUGAGCAGGACGUUGCCAAAAAUUGUCAAAAUGCUGCUGGAGAUUUAUUUCACAUAUUCAGACAGUUAACACACCUCAAACAGUUUAUUUCCACGAUAAAUGCUCCCACUGACCAUGCUCGUAUGAUCCUCUUAGGUCGGAUAGAGUCCGCAAUCAAUCUUACUGAAGGGUUUGAUACGAUCUACCAACCAUGGCUACAGCAGUGUAUUAUCAUGUUCUAUCGAUUUUCUGACAGAAUAAAGCUAUCUACAGCCUUCCUCCACCUGUUCUGGAAUUUAUCCCACCUCUGCCUUGUUGAGCAAAUACACUAUGCCUCUCAUCUUUUCGAGCCUGGCUCCUGCGAGGGACUAAUUUCCACCGCAGAUAGAUUGCAAGAAGCAGCGGUCACCUCAGUUCUCGCUAUAGCACGUCGAAUCGUCGACGUAUCCGCCAGGGGAGAAUUUAAGCUCAUCAAUAGCGUCCAAGCAAAGCUUCAACUGGUCUCACAUCAUGCUAACACAAGACUUGUCGUGAUGGCCUUAGUGAAAGCAAUCGAGCACACAAUUGAUCUCAACCUGUCAAAGCACGCCGUCAGUGGUCGAAAGGAAGCCACAUCGACCCAACCAAAGUGGAUAUCAUCUAUCAAGCCCCUGCUGACAUGCCUAGUCAUGCUGGAUUCCACUGUUUCUGGUUCUUUCACUGCGAGGCCUGCAUUGCGAGGACUAAUGCUGAAGUAUGGAGAUAUUCUAAUGGACUGUUGGUCUUCGGAAGAUUCCGAGCACCCGCCUUGA